UCAGCAACACACGAAAUGGAGGGAGUUAUUUACAUUUACCAUGGGUGCAACACUGGUUUGUUCACCACCCCAGCACAGAUAAUAACCCCAACUACAUUACACCCAGCACCGAGUGUUGUACCUGGGAUGUUUGGGAUGUCUGUCACAGGGAAAAUAGACAUUGACGACAAUGGAUAUUAUGAUUUGUUAGUUGGUAGCCCUUCGAGUGACAACAUUGUUAUUCUAUUGACAAGACCAGUUGUUGAUGUAACAACCACCAUUAUGACAUCACAACAGAUCGACCCACGCCAGUCAUGCACCGUUGGUUCCCAUGUAGCAGCAUACGGUUGUUUUGAUUGUGAAUUAUGUUUCUCGUACAAAGGGACUUCAAUACAAUCAGAUAUAAUUGUCAAGUAUUAUCUCGUUGCUGAUGGUGGUGAAGAAUACCAAAGGUUUUUAUUUUCCGCCAACAACUUGGAGUAUAUUGAAUCAACCACUUCUGUAUCUCAACACCCCGAUACCUCUUGUAUUACAUACAACUUAUACCUCAAGCCUACAGCACGAGACUUAAUGAACCCUGCUGGCCUCAGUAUUCAUUAUGACCUCAUAACCCACCAUGAUGUUACAAGCCACACCCCUAAUGACCACACCCACCAUCUUGUCCAAUCAAAUGUCACAAAUAAUAAUUCAAAUGUUUCUGAUGAUUUCUGGGUCUACCCUACUGCUGGUAUCUAUUCAGGGGGUUACCAGUUGAAUGAACAAUCUAAUAUUUCUAUGAGCAAUACUAGCCACUCGAGGAAUAAAAGAGACGAACCAAAACCCCUGCUUGACCCUGUUUUAAAUAUGUAUAUCAGCCAAGAUGUUUCAAAAUUUGUUCCUUUUAAAACUUUCUGUAAGAAAACCAAAUGUGUGACAGAUCUGACAUUGACUGCUCAUCUUGCUGAUAAAAACGGAAACCCAACAUCAAAGAUAGAAAUAAAGUAUAGGACAGCAGCUAGACUUCGAAUUAAGUUGCUCAACACUGGACCUGAGGACGCGCAUGAUGUGACAACGAAAAUAACGUUUCCCAAACAACUUGUGUUUAUGUCAUUUCAGUCAGUGAACAAACUCCAGGAUGACUCAACAGCUCCAUGUUUUCAAUUAAAAGAAACCAAGACAGCAAUAUCUCCAGAUGCUGAAUAUAAGACUGUUGCAUUCAAUGUGAGGAACCCAGUGUUUUCAACUGACAAAGCAUGUGAGGUCGACGCUUUAUUUGACUUAACUUCCCAACUUGACCCGUAUAAAAACAACAAGCUUCACUUUAUGGUGGAAGCAUCAACCAUUAGUAAUGAUACUGACUCUAUGAAUAAUGUUAAAGGCAUUGAUGCAAUGCUGGAGUAUAUUGGGGGGCUCAAGUUAACAGGGUAUUCCCAACCAUAUACUGUGUAUGCUGAAACCAAUGAUUCAUAUUUCCCACAAGAUACAUUUGAAAUGUUAAGAACCAACGACCCGCACUCAGUAAAACAUCAGUUUAUGGUUCGAAAUACAAAGUUCUUUGGCUUUAAGAAGCUAAUGUUUAACAUUAGGUGGCCGGCUUAUCUUUUCAUGAACGCUUCACGAUUCAUGGCAAUGUACAUUACCAAUAUCACGUGCAUUUCAUCACCUCAUACCACCUGUUGGUGUGACAGUUCAAACUUUACCGAUAUAUUUGGUAUUUACCAUCAACCCCAACCACCCCGACCCCCCAUGGAAGCUAUGAUGAUACCAGAGGGGGAUAUCUUAUAUCAACAACUGCCAUGUCAUAAUGAUGAUUGUUACAUCACAAUACCAUGUCAUGUGACUAACCUUGAACCAUUUGCCAAUUCAAGCGUGACGAUACAUUCCAUUGCUUAUCCAAAUACUAUGAGUAUGUUGAAGACGUCAUUGAAUGUUGAAGCGAGUGCUUCGGUUGAAAUCCUCGGCAAGAAUUACAUUGUGUUAGACAGAAGAGGCAUUGGAUUUACACAAAUAAAUGUUGCAAAUGACAUUACACCGGCCAUUACAUUUACUGGCUUGACUGGCGAUAUCGAUAUAUUUGAACUUCCACUUUGGGUUUACAUCGCUAGUGCUGGGGGUGGAUUAGUUUUGUUGUUAUUGUUAAUGUUGGCUUUAAGGAAGUUGGGCUUCUUUAAGAGCAAAUAUGCAGAUAAGAAACGCGCAGCAGAAGAAGAACAAGACUGGGGAGAAGCAGCUGCUCCAUUAAAAGCAUGAGCCAGCCAUUUUAAACUUGUAAUUGUACUAAAUCUAUCGGUGUCAGGUUUUUGAACUUUCGAAAAAAUCUCGGCUGACAUGGUAAAAAUUCAGCUGCACUCAAAGUAAUCAAAAUAACGUGUUGAAUGCAGUAUAGUUUGGCUCUGCCUGUAGACACCUAACAGCAGGGUAAAAUCUUGGGUUGACAUUGUUAAAUUGCAGUUACACCCAUAGUUGUCAAACAUAGGGAACCUCAUUGAUUAAUGUGGUGAAUGCAAUAUACUUUGGCUCUGCUUGUAUGUAUAGACAUCUAACACCACGGUAAAAGCUGUUUAGGUGUAAAACUUGGAUGCCAAAUCAAAUGACGUCAACCCCGGUUUUUAAAAGUUGGGGGGAUAUGUCACCCUAGGCACCCCUAAUGUUACGCCUAUGCCAGCGUCACAACUUUACAAGUUACAUUGUGAUUCAACUUUAGAAGUUUAAGUUGCACAAUUUGUAAAAGUUCUAACUGUUGUGUUUUUGGUAACUUUUUUACGCUUUCUAUAAAAAAAGUUAUUCUGUUGCAUCCUAUCUUGCUCUUUUUACAAUUAAGCGUACUUUGUUUUGUAAACCUUAACUUUCUUAAAACACAACUGUGUAUAUUAUUAACAUUAAAUUUCAUUUACCCCAUGCCGCUUACGAAUUAUCAAGUAUGAAGAUGUGUUUAGCUUAUAAAUGUUAAAAUAAUCUCAAAGUUUUAUUUGUGAUUUUAAAGCCAUUAACUUAAACCCAAAUCAUCGUUAACUAAACCCUCAAAAUGUAUAAAACUGCCACAUAUGUGUUGUAUGUAUUUGUCUCCAAACAUAUUUGGUUAAUCUUUUGUUCUGUGCGAAAGUUUUUAGUUUACGUUAACACUUAAUGUAAGCUGGCGAAAUACAUUACA